CUGCCGGCCUUUUGCACUUCUUGAAAUCUCUCUCCAAACGCCACACACCAACCGAUUUUCCAAACAACGCGUCUUCUCUCCUUCUUCUCUCUGGUAAGAAAGAAAAAUCAUUUUUUGAAAAAUUCAAAAAAAAAAAAUCCAUUUUUUCCUUAUUUCUGGCAAUUUCAUUUUUUCUUCUUUGUUAAAACUCUGCCCUGCAUUUUCAUUCGAGUGGAGGAAGAAUCUCUGUACCAUUUUAGUAAAUAACUUGAAAAGUAGGGUUAGUAGUACUUCAACACCAACAGACAUGGAGUAGCUUCCAAGGAGAAGAAAAAAACACCGUCUCUCACUCGCUUUCUCUUUCGGUGCUACUCUUCCCUACCAUUCUUCCGUGCACUCAACUUCUUCUUCCUAGGGUUUUCGAGUUAGGGUUAGGGUUUCUGCAAGGAGAUGGCGGGGCUUCUCAGGCGAAUGCUCCCUGCCGGAGCUCCGAUUCCUGACGUUGACAACCCCGAGUACUCUUUCGCGCUAGAGUACCACGGCCCACCGGUCGCUUACGAUCUCCCGCGGGCCGUUCCGAUCGAUAUUAACCGCAUACCCACCGCUUCGGUGGUCUCAGCUGCUUCUCUUUCCGACCGUCUGUCGGUGCCUGUCGUCCAGCCACUCCCCUCUCCCGAUCCACUGAAGAGGUCGUCGAAAGAUGCAGUCUCGGGUUCUUCUGAUGUGAUCGUCUCUCCGACGUCUGUGAUCGCGUUCAACCGGACGGUUAUGGAUGGCCGCAGCGGCCUUGAUAGCUCGGGCGCGUUGGGGUCCUCUGAUGGCCAUGGUGGGUCCCAUGAGUCAUCCCCUGGAAUUGGUAGCUCGGGAGCUCUUGGGUUUUCGGAUGGGCAUGGUGGCUCCGACGAAUCAUCGCCUGCAGGCGAUGGAUCAGGAGGGUUGGCUUUGGAUGGGCACAAUCAUUCGCUCGAGUUAUCUGGGGAAAUUGUAAGCUUGGGGACGUUAGGAUUUCCAAAUGGGCAUGAUCAGUCGCAUGAAUUGUCUGGCGAUGUUGGAACCUCAGGCAUGCUAGGCCUUUCAGAUGGUCAUGAUCGGUCGCAAGAGUUAUUGGGCGAAAUUGAAAGCUCAGAUGCAGUACCAUUUUCUAAUGAUUGCAAGGAGAGUGAAGAUUUCUCUAAUGAUAUGAACCAGCCAGACUGGGUCUCGACUGAGUCAGUGUUAAGCUCACCGUUCCCUUCCUCUGAGAGUUCGUCUAGGAAGGAAGAGGACUGCGGCAAUGAGCCUCUGACCCAUGCCAAAAGAACAGCACUUGUGACCUUCCGUGACGCCGAAUCCAGCGACAGGAUCGAACAGGAAUCCAAUCCACUUGGGACCGAAACUUCCCAUGAAAGGAAAGAACCUGACUCGAAGAUAAGGAAAGGGUCGUGCUAUCGGUGCUUUAAAGGCAAUCGAUUUUUGGAGAAAGAGGCUUGCAUUGUUUGUAAUGCAAAGUAUUGUGGUAAUUGCGUGCUUAGAGCGAUGGGGUCAAUGCCUGAAGGAAGGAAAUGUGUAACCUGCAUUGGGUACCCGAUCGAUGAGUCAAAGCGGGAGAACUUGGGCAAAUGCUCCCGAAUGUUGAAACGGUUGCUCAGCACGUUGGAAGUUCAACAGGCAAUGAGGGCGGAGAGAUCGUGUGGAGCGAAUCAGCUGCAAGCCGAGGAUGUUUACGUGAAUGGGAAGCAGCUAUCUCAGGAAGAGAUGGUUUUAUUGCAGGCGUGUCCAAACCCGCCAAGUAAGCUGAAGCCUGGUAGAUACUGGUACGAUAAAGUAUCCGGUCUUUGGGGAAAGGAGGGACAGAAGCCUUGCAUGUUUAUCAGUCCGAGUCUGAAUGUCGGAGGCAGUCUUAUGCAGAAUGCUAGUAAUGGGAACACACAGAUUUUUAUAAACAAUCGGGAGAUUACGAAAGCCGAGCAUCGGUUGCUUAAGUGUGUUGGAGUCCAAUGUGCCGGAAAUCCUCACUUUUGGUUGAAUGCUGAUGGGUCAUAUCAAGAGGAGGGACAGAAGAAUCUAAAAGGGAAUAUAUGGGAAAAGACUGGAAUAAAGCUCAUUUGCUCCGUUUUGUCAUUGCCAACGCCUUCCAAGCCUGGGAACCUUUCAGAAGAAGGGAAUAAUCUGGUCAGACCUGACUUCCUUGAGCAGCGUAUUCUUCAGAAGCUUCUUUUAGUUGGAUAUCAUGGAUCUGGGACAUCUACUCUAUUCAAACAGGCCAAGUUUUUGUUUCAACCUGUCCCGUUCUCUGAAGAUGAGCGUGAAAACAUCAAAUUUAUGAUCCAGAGCAAUCUGUAUAGCUAUCUUGGUCUACUACUUGAGGGGCGUGAACGUUUUGAAGAAGAGAGUCUGGCAGAAAUGAGGAAAAGACGAGAGCUUGAUGAAUCUGCUUCCGUAGGCCAUGCUGACAAUGCCAGUGAUCAAACCAUAUAUUCCAUUGGUCCAAGGUUGAAAACAUUCUCUGAUUUUCUUCUCAAAGUUAUGGUGUCUGGCAACUUGGAGGAUAUAUUCCCAGCUGCAACUCGUGAGUAUGCGCCAAUAGUCGAGGAGCUGUGGAAGGAUGCUGCUAUUCAGGCCACAUAUAGUCGAAGACGUGAACUAAAAACCCUGCCCAGUGUUGCCAGUUAUUUCUUAGACCGGGUUGUAGAUAUUUCAAGAAUGGAGUAUGAACCUUCCGAUGAAGACAUCCUUUAUGCUGAAGGGUUUACUUCAUCCAAUGGACUUGCAUACACGGACUUCUUGUUUCCCCAGUCAGCAUAUGAUAGCACUGUUGAUGCUGCAGAUCAGCAUGACCCAUUGCUGAGAUAUGAACUCAUCCGGGUACACGCAAGAGGCCUUGGGGAAAACUGCAAGUGGCUUGAGAUGUUUGAAGACGUUCGAAUUGUCAUCUUCUGUGUGGCCAUGAGUGACUAUGAUCAGUUUUGUGAUGAUGGAAACGGGCAGCCUCUGAACAGGAUGUUGGUCAGCAAGAAACUCUUCGAGAGCAUCGUCACCCAUCCAACCUUUGAACACAUGGACUUCCUCCUGAUACUCAACAAGGUUGAUCUGCUCGAGCAGAAGGUGGAGCAGGUUCCGCUCUCCGUCUGCGAAUGGUUUGACGACUUCAAUCCAGUGACCAGUCGCCACCGCUCCAGCAGCAGCAGCAACAAAGAUGUGGUCUCGCCUGGCCACCAGGCCUUCCACUACAUUGCAGUCAAGUUCAAGAGGCUCUUUUAUGCUCUCACCGGACGCAAACUAUACGUUUCGAUGACGAAUGGGUUGGAUGCGAAAUCCGUUGAUGGAGCGCUCCGGUAUGCAAGGGAGAUUAUGAAGUGGGAAGAAGAUAGAGCGGUCUGUCCCAGCGAGUACUCAGUGUAUAGCACGGAGGCGAGCUCCUCUCACUGAUUUUGCCAGAGAGAAAUGGCUGUAAAUGGGGUGUUGUGAUUGUAUUGCUUAGGAAUUCCAGUGUAUAUAUAAAAAUAGAGUGGAAAAGAAGCAAGGGAAAGUGUUUUUAGGUUGCCAUUGUAUUGCUGGUAACCAUACAGAAAUUUGCAUUGAGGAAUGAUCCUGUUUGUAGCUUAUAAUGCUCAA